AAUUAGGCGCGUACCUCCCACAUGCCCAUAAGUGGCCCAUUUGAAAACUUGCAAUGUUCCAACAGCCUCAGUCAUGCCUCAAGUGGAUAAUGUUCUCAGCAUUGCGCACAGUGUCAGCGUUUUGGCCGUCCAGGCGUGCAGUCUAACACAAGUGCCCCUUAUUUCUUUCGCUGCCUCCAUCUUCAAGGCAACCAUUGAACAAAUACAGUUUAUACAGGCUCAAAAGGAGCAAGCAGUUGCGAUAGUUGAUCUAAUGGCGAUGGUGUUACUUGCUGUGAACAAGAAGCUGUCCAAGCUAGAGGAACUCGAGUUAGAGGUCCCAGAGUUGAUGCAGGAGAAUAUCAGUAGGCUAGAACAAACUCUAAUGGAUAUUCAGGAAGAGUUUAAUAAUCUCACUCAAAAGAACUUCUGGAAGCGCUUACUCAAAAAGGACUGGAUGGCCGCUGCUCUCACUCGACACCAACAGUCAGUGAUGGUUUAUCUCCAGAUCUUCCAGCUUGAAGCAGAGAUCGAUGUCGCUGUGUGGGCGGACCGAGAUCGCAAAGCACGACAAGCUGAUGCCCAAAAUAUGAAUGAACUACUCAUGGAAAUAGCUUCUAACCAACAAGCGUUGGCGAAUCUCAUCCAGAAGGAUACUCGUGGUAUGCCUGAUCUUGGUGAAGUGAGGGAACUCACGCACUUGAUAUCGAGGCUGGGCCGUGCCGCUGCCCCCGGCUCGGUGGAGGCCAAGUUCUACAAGGUAGCCCAUCGGAAGAUGGUUUCUUUGUCCGGAAGAGGCUCUGAACAAACACGACCCUGGAUAAUCAGCUAUGUUGAAGUCGACAUCGAGGAAGAGAUUGGGUCUGGGGGGUUUAGCAGGGUCCACAAGGGGAAAUGGAACGGCGAAGAGGUUGCGGUGAAGGUCCUCUGUGAAGGCACUUCGGAGAAGACGCUGAUGAAAGAGGCGGAAACUUGGAGUCGGCUUGACCACCCCCGUAUCCACCGUUUCUAUCGAGCUUGCGUCAACCCUAACAGGCCAAUAUUGGUGUCGGCGUAUUAUCCCAAUGGGGAUGCACUGAACUACUUGUUAAACCAUCCCGACGCAAAUCGGGCAGAACUGAUCCGGGGUAUUGCAUCUGGAAUGAAAUAUCUGCAUUCCGAAGGCGUAUUACAUGGAGAUCUGAAAGCGCUUAAUAUACUAAUAGACGAUCGGGGAGGUGCAUGUAUAAGCGAUUUUGGCAUGGCUUCCAUCAAAAUGGAAUUCAGCCGCACCAUGACUGUGCGUCAAAGCGAGAAGUAUGAAGGGACGCUUCGAUGGAUGGCACCUGAGAGAUUAAAUAAUGGGGAUCUUACCCGUGAGGUAGAUGUGUACGCCUAUGCAAUGACAUGCUUUAUUUUAAUAGCCAACAUUGCGGCAAAAUGGCUGAGCCAUUUUAUAGAUCAUAACAGAUGAAGUGCCGUUUGGUUUUAUGAACGAAAGUCAGGUCGUCCGCACAGUUCGCGAAGGGAUGCGGCCAAAACGGCCCAAACAAAGUUUUCCCUAUCUAA